AUGAAUUUACUUUCACUCAGUGACCGUUGUGUAGUAAUCGAAGAAUGUGAAACGGCACUCUACCGACUAUUACAUGAUGAGCUUGGAUUCGAUGUUAUUACAUGUCCUCUUCGAGUACUUAAUGAAUUUGGCGGUGGUCUUCAUUGCGUAACAUGGGAUAUUCGUCGACAAGAUUCAUGUACUGAUUAUUUUCCGAAUCAAAAUUAUGAGUCCGAAUGUCAAUUGGAUCUUGACAACUAUCAUGAUAAAACAUUAUUCUCGAACGUUAAUGAGCAAAAGGCUUAA